GGUUACUGGUGGUUGUUGAAAGGGCUCAGAACAAACAUCUCGCGCAAACCCUAUAAGAAAGUGUGAAAAGCACCUCCCUCACAGAUUGUACCUCGAUUGUUCCGGUUGAAUGAUUUCGAUUGGAGACGAAAACUCAUAAAUACGCGGGCGUAUAAAAAAAUACACGGACUCUCAACGGCGCCCGAUCGAGUAACGAUCGCACGAAGACACGUACACAGACGUGUUGCUCUCGAAAGAACUAACCUGCAAUUGCAUCAUCUCCCCACAUCAACCGCAGAGCAACGGUAGCUGCAAAAAUGCCUGUGUUUCAUACAAAAACCAUCGAGAGCAUCUUGGAGCCAGUGGCCCAACAGGUCUCACGGUUGGUCAUACUGCACGAAGAAGCGGAAGAUGGCAACGCAAUGCCAGAUCUCGGCAAACCAGUGCAAGCUGUAUCACUGGCGGUGACGAACCUUGUUCGAGUCGGACGAGAAACUAUACAGAACUCCGACGACGACAUACUGAAGCAGGAUAUGCCAUCGUCCCUGACCCGUGUCGAAACAGCCGCACAACUCCUGGAAGAAGCAUCGCUCAUGCUCCGUUCCGAUCCAUUUUCCGGCCCGGCGAGAAAGAAAUUGAUUGAAGGUUCCCGGGGUAUUCUCCAGGGUACAUCCUCGCUGUUGCUCUGCUUCGAUGAAUCCGAGGUGCGUAAGAUCGUGCGUGAGUGUAAGCGUGUUCUCGACUACUUGGCCGUAUCGGAGGUGAUUGAUUCGAUGGAGGAUCUGGUGCAAUUCCUGAAGGAUCUUUCGCCGUGUCUGAGCAAGGUUACACAUCAGGUGGGUGCACGCGAGAAAGAGCUAACGCAUCAAGUACACAGCGAGAUUUUGGUGCGCUGUUUGGAACAGUUGAAGAUCCUGGCGCCGAUUUUGAUCUGCAGCAUGAAGGUGUACAUUCUGAUCGCGGAACAGAGUGGCAAGGGAUCGGAAGAGGCGGCUGAGAACAGGAAUUAUCUUGCGUCUCGCAUGAGCGAGGAACUGCAGGAAAUUAUCCGCGUGCUGCAGCUUACCACGUACGAUGAGGAUCAGAGCGAGCUGGACAACCUGACCGUGCUGAAGAAGAUCCACAACGCGAUCAACAACAAGCUAGAAGCGGCCAACGAAUGGUUGCGCAAUCCGUACGCACUACGCGGUGGAGUCGGGGAAAAGGCUCUACGUCAGAUCGUGGAAAACGGUCUGAAGGUGGCGGAUCGUUGUUUGCCGCAGGAUUCGCACAUUCUGCGCAAGCUAGCCGGUGACAUAACGGCGAUGACUAACACGCUGUGUGAUUUGCGUCAGGAAGGCAAGGGAACGACACCGCACGCGGACAACAUCGCACGGGACAUUCGCGAUAAGCUCGGCAGCUUGGAGCAGUCGGUGCUAAACGCGAUCAUGGGUGUGGAUAAAGCUGGACUGCAGCAGACGGCACAUACGGUGCAGGGUCGACUGGAGCAGGCCUGCCGUUGGUUGCAAAAUCCAACGCGCGAUGACCGAGGGCUGGGUGUGCGAGCGAUCGCCCUAAUCGUGGACGAAGGUCGUCGCGUGGCGGACGGAUUGGGUGGUCACCAGAAAGCGGAGAUGGCACAGCUGUGUGAUGAGGUGGAGCAGCUAGCGCAUGAUUUUUCGCAGAUGUGCGCAAACGGGCUGGGACAUACGCCUCAAGCGCAGGAGCUGGCCCGUCGGCUGAACGAAAAGUUACACGGGUUGAAGAAACAGAUUCAGGACGCGGUGGUGAACCGGGUCGUAGAGGACUUUAUCGAUAUUUCGACACCGCUUAAACAGUUCAUGGAGGCGGUUGCGCAGCCGGAAGGAACACCCGGUCGAGAGCAAAACUUCAACCAGAAGUCUAACAGACUGCAGGCGUUCAGCAACCGUGCCUCAAAGACGAGUCGAAUGGUUGCAGCUGGCGGAUCCGGUGGUAACAAGAAGCUGGCGGAGGGAUUGCUUGCAUCGGCCAAUCAAAUCGACAGCUUGACGCCACAGCUCGUAUCGGCCGGACGAAUUCGUAUGAACUAUCCGACGAGCAAAGCAGCGGAGGAACACUUGAAUAACCUGAAGCAACAAUACGCUGACACGAUCCUGCGCAUGCGUACGCUGUGCGACCAGGCCACAGAUCCGGCCGAUUUCAUCGAGGCAUCCGAGAAGCAGAUGCAGAAACAUUCGUUUCUAUGCGAUGAUGCGAUUCGUACACGUCAGCCACAGAAAAUGGUUGACAAUACCUCGAGUGAGGCACGUCUUGCCAAUCGUGUACUGCUCGUGGCGAAACAGGAAGCGGACAAUUCCGAGGAUCCGGAAUAUAUUGGUCGAUUGAAUGGGGCCUCGGAUCAACUUCAGGCUUCCAUCUCGCCGAUGGUACAGCAAGCAAAGAACGUUUCAACGAAUAUUGCUGAUCCGGUGGCCGCCUCGAACUGGCGCGAAGCGAACCGCGCACUGCUGCAGAGCGUACGUAACGUCCGUGGCGCAGUCACUCACGCGCCUACUGUACCGGAGAUGCCAGAUCUUUCCCGGUUGCAGUUGGGAGUCGAAGCGGUACCGCCACCGCGGCCGCCGCUGCCACGCGAGAAUGUCCCACCAAUGCGACCACCACCACCAGUAGCGGAAACGGACGAUGAGGACGAUGUGUUCCAGGCGGGUAGCAUGCCGCACGCGAACCAACCCAUCCUGAUGGCUGCUCACGGUUUACAUCAGGAGGUGCGUCAGUGGUCGUCGAAAGACAACGAGAUCAUUGCGGCCGCCAAACGUAUGGCAGUGUUGAUGGCACGCCUGUCCGAGUUGGUGCGUGCCGAUUCGAAGGGAAGCAAACGGGAGCUGAUUGCUACUGCUAAGCAGAUCGCUGAAGCUUCGGAAGAUGUGACGCGUCUGGCGAAACAGCUGGCCCGCCAGUGCACGGAUAAACGUAUCCGUACCAAUCUGUUGCAGGUGUGCGAACGCAUUCCGACCAUUGGCACGCAGCUUAAGAUUCUGUCCACCGUGAAGGCCACCAUGCUGGGUGCACAGGGAUCGGAGGAAGAUCGUGAAGCAACCGAGAUGCUCGUUGGAAACGCACAGAAUCUCAUGCAGAGCGUGAAAGAAACGGUCCGUGCGGCGGAAGGUGCCAGCAUCAAGAUCCGAUCGGAUCAAACCAACCAACGGCUACGCUGGGUACGUCGACAGCCCUGGUAUCAGUACUAAGCGGUUGUUUCCCCGUAUUGUCGCCUAGCUCUAGUCCUUCAUUUCUAUCCGUUGAUCGUUGUCCUUACUUAAUUCUACAACCGUUCCCGCUGACAAUAUGUCUUCCAUGAUAUGUUGAUUGUUCGUUCGCGUAAUUCCAUCGUUCGUUUGUUAACACACAUCAUAUUAAACAACGCGUGGAUGGAAACCUGCGGCGACAUAAGUUUACCCACCCAUAUUGUGUUCCCCCAUUUUUGGUGUUAAAGCAUCCGGAACAUGCGAAAGUGUACCCAGCAUGCAAGAAAAACAAUACAAGGUAAGCACGUGAAUUGUUAUUUAAAAAAAACAGAACAGAGGCAAUGCGACAGAUGAGUCGCAUAAGGUUUGAGAGUUAUUUCGACUGAAAAUAUGGAUGAAACAUUAACGGGAGAAAAAAAAGGCAGUUAGGUAAAAGAUCGAAGCAAUGUUGCCAAAUAUGUUAAGAAAGCCGGAAAAGCAAGUUCUUUAAACAGUAACGCCCAAAUAUGAUUUUGGGGGAGAAUUUUACAACACGUUAUUUGAGAGGAAGUUUUAUAUGGAGUAAAGAGCAAAGCAAUUACCGUAACAAGCUUUAAUAGAAACACUGAUACACGUUAUAAAUUGUGGUUUGUUGGAAAGGAACUAUAACCGAGAAUGGACAACGAAACAAAGGCCAAGAUAUUUAUUAAAAAGAAACCACAAACCGUCGGAAAAAAUGAAGGUAAUCAUUGUGUGCCAGCGAUUGAUGCGAAAGGAUUUUUAAAAGUACUACUUUCUAACUGUUAUUACUACUACUUGAUUGUUACACAGUACUCCAGACUCCUUCAGGGUUGCAGAUAGUCGUCGAAUGUCGCCAGAUAGGCAAGAGGCGUCCUUAAAUGUUGUGCUAAAAAACUAAUUACUUACGUAGGAUAGACGGUAGUUAAAAGCAUGAACAGUUAAUUCAGUAUAGAUGGGAAAUGCGAUACGCAUGCAUUGAAGGUGAGUUUGUUAUGUUUGUUAACUGAUCAAUCAAGCAGUUUUCACUGUUUAACUUUGAUUUUUGCUUUUUUCGAUUUUAAUAUGUGUUUUAUGCGUGGCCCCACGGUGCGGUCACCGUUCUCGCUCCGUAAGUAGUGCAAUAAUUUGAAGUAAGACAGCUAAAAACAAAAGCCACUCAAAACACUCACAAGUGCGAUCGUAACAAUCGUGUUUUUUAAAUUAGUUCAUAAGACUUCUUACGAUAGUGAUUAAUCGCUAGGACCCCUGUUAAACAUCGAAUGUGUGAACAAAUCGUUUUGUGACUAUCGGCCGCGUCUAUUUACCGCGUAGAUUGUGUUACUAUAACAAAGCCCAAUUUUAAUACUGUUCUAAGUGUUCCCAAACUUUGGUGUUUGUUCCCGUUUUGGUUUUGCAGCCAACCAACCGUUUUAGUCGGAACCCUCUUAAUAAGCAACCUGGGGAGAUAAUAAACACAAAAACCCCGAACACUAACGUACAAUUGUCGUAUACCGACCACAACCAAUCAUUGACAACAAAAUAUGAUAGAGUAGUAAAGUGUGCAAAGAACAGUGCGCGCCUAACAAUCAACGCUUAUUUGUAGAUGAAUUCAACCGAUGUUAUAGUGAGGAUGGUCUAGUAGAGGACAUCCGCUAUGCAACAACCAAGGCAAGCUCUAAGGCACAUGAAAGCAACAACAGGUUCCUCACGAAGUCAUUCGAUGGCAGCAGGGAAAAGGGGCGUGAAGAAUCGUGAAGUUUGCCACUACAGCAAGCGAAGCGACAUAAAACCAAUGUAAUUUCUUAACUCCAACACAGCACGUGAGUGGAUAGAAUUUGUAACUAUUAACAAAAGUGCCUAUUUAUUAUUGUAAUACCGAAGCAACACACACACACUUGCAUUCUAUGUUCUCUUUUUCUACCAAUUGUUUUCUUUUCUCUUCGAGUUAUAGUGAGAAAAUAUAUUUCAAAAAUACUAGCA